UUCGUGUGUGGCUACUGUUCAUCUUUCCCCCCUCCCAUUCUACCCGCUCUCUAGCCCAUGCAUAGCUGCCUACCGCCGCCGUUCCGGCCACCCCCCUAAGCCACACACUUCUGUUGUGCUGGCAAGCACCCUUGCAGCCGUCAAUCCUCUUCAUAUCUUCUGCUGGUGAUGACGCGGGUAGACAAUAUAUGCUUAGCAAAUCCGCAAAAAAGUAAUCUCUCUUGGCUUGUGUCUUCCAGUUAGGCUUGUUACCAUAUGUACUGCCUUUUAGUUUUUUCUUCACACAUGUUCAAAAAAUAGAGCUAUGUUUUUUUUUCAUGAAGUUUUAAAUAUUAGGUUCAUAUGUAGUUAUGUACCCAUGUUUGGACUUGCACUUUGCAACGAAGUACUAUGAGUUGGUGGGUAUUUGGCUACGUUUAACUUUGGCUUAUAAGCAAAAAGGACACCUACGAUGGUAUUAAGCAAAAAAAAACCCUAUGAUUGUAUAAUCCAAAAUUCCAUAAAUAGGUGUUUUCCCGGGCUUUUAAGCCAAGUGCAAAACCAAAGUUAAGCCCAACCGAACACCCCUUAGUGUGCUUAUCUUCUUCAGUGAGCAUAUAAUACAAACAUGUUUACAAAAAUAAAACGCUAAUUUAUGACCACUUUCCAUUUUUACCCUUAAAACCCAAUUGGUGAAAAAAUGGUCUAUCUGUAUUGGAAGUUACCGAGUAAAAGUGACGUAGUAUGCACUAAUGUAGGAAACAUAAACCUAAUGGGUCUCUCCAUGCUUGUUCUACCAGUGCUCUUGGGGUUGUUCUAUGGAGCAAGUGACAUUAAUUGCUCAACAGUUCAUGGUAACACCACGGAUCAUCGUUCACUGCUUGAUUUCAAAGGGGCCAUCAGAGCGGACCCAAGAGGAGCCUUGCGCUCUUGGAAUGAGAACAUCCACUAUUGUAUGUGGUCGGGCAUCAAGUGCAGCACAAUGCACCCAGAACGUGUUACAGUGCUAAACCUUGCCAACUUGAGCUUGACAGGCCAAAUCACACCCUCUCUAGGAAAUCUAACCUUCCUUUGGGAACUUACACUAUCCAACAAUCUCUUCUCUGGCCAGUUGCCCCCUCUCAAUCGUCUUAUAAGAUUAGAGUUCCUUUACUUACAAAACAACUUGUUGCAGGGGAACAUUCCGAAUGCACUUACAAAUUGUUCCAAACCCCUUUUACUAGACCUCUCUUCUAACAUGCUAGUGGGUUCGAUUCCUGGAAAUAUAGGUUCCCUCUACAAUCUAGUGGGAAUUGACCUUUCCAAUAAUAGCCUCACAGGAAACAUUCCACCAACCUUCGGCAACAACACUUACUUAAAAGAGCUACGACUUACCCACAAUCAACUCAAAGGAAGCAUUCCUGAAGAUCUUGGGAAAUUGCCGAAUAUGGGGGAGAAUCGGGCAGUGUUUCUCGGUCAGAAUAGGCUAUCGGGUAGAGUUCCAGCAACAUUGUUUAAUCUAUCCAAGCUUAUAAUACUGGACCUAAGUAUGAAUAAGCUAAGGGGAACAUUACCAUACAAUAUCGGUAAUCUAUCUGCCGCGCUUCAGUGGCUAGUUUUGGGUGCAAACAACUUGUCUGGGACAAUGCCACCGAGCAUUGGGGCCCUAAAGAACCUAACAGUUUUAGAUCUUGGAGGAAACAACUUCGUUGGACCAAUACCAUACUCCGUCGGGAAUCUGCCAAAGUUAUGGAAGCUUGAUCUUUCCAAUAAUCAUUUUGAUAGUUGGUAGCACAACGACACUACUGACUGCUAAUGACUUAUUCAUGGUGGCCGAAUGAGCCAGGGAUGCAGUUUGCUGUGCGAGUGCAAUGACCCGACGAGAGCUCUGCACCUUCCUGUUCUUGCAUGUCUGUGUCACACUUUCUGUCAGCGGGCGUGGUUGCUCUGUCUGGACUACAGUUUUCUAUAUAUUGCUUCUUUUCCUUAGCGGUUUCCUAUAUUUUCAGCGGAUCCAUCCCCAUGUAUGUAGGGUUUGUGGAUGUACGCACCUCAUUUGUAUUUCUGUCACCUAGAUGAAUUGAAUAAAAGGCUUCUGUUUGGGGAAAAAACAACGUGGCUGCUCCCGGAAAUGGUUGUAUUGAGGGAGAUGAUUUGUGGCCCUGAGCCUCGAAGGGUAUAAAUGAUAAGUUCAUGGUGCUAACAACGGGGCAAAGUCUCAUCCAUUGGUGAACCCGAAAAAAAAUCCAACAGCAAGACCUGUGGAGGAUAAUCUUAGGGGCAGUCAAAUAAGGUCUGCAGUGUUGGCCCGCUUUGGAGUUGCUCCCGGCCUAUAACUUCUAGGUUGUUGUCAUGUUCAUAAUGUGUCCUGGCGUAGCGACGCCUCCUGUAUUUUACAUUUUUGAGUCGUGACACAAGAAAACACAGUGAAUCAAGAAGCUCUUCUCGUACGCGACUAAUUUUCUUCCAAACAAAGUGAGUGCUCGUUCAGAUUGGUAGGGAUGAGAGAGGAUUGAUGGGGAUUUAAUCCACUGCAAGUAAAAAGUCCCCUAAAUCCGCUCCAAUCCCCUUGGAGGGGAUUAACUCAAGAAGGCCUAGGUGUGUCUUAGUUCCAAAUUGAUUUUCUUGUCCCUUGGGUCUUUCGAUUCAUCAUUUUGUAUCCUAUCUAUUGAGAUGCAUCACAUCUGCAACAUCUUAAUGCGCUUCAUGACUAAGAUAUA